AUGAUUAUAUCGUGGAGAUCGUCGAUUUUGUCGCUAUUGCUCGCUGUAUUGGCGUCUAAUUGUCAGGCAGACACCCGACAAGAAAUUGAAAUAGCCUUCAACGAAGCCGAGAAGUCAAUUGCGUUUCUGGAUGCAGGGAACUUUACAGAAGUCACUUCCAAUGGAUUGUAUCUACUGUUUAUGGGUGCUAAAUGGUGUCGGCACUGUCAAGUUUUGACUCCGAAAUGGCUCGUAUUGCAACAAAAAGCUGCCGAUCUGGAAGAAGAUGAUAUUCAUGUGCGCAAACUAGAGUGCACGUCACGAGAAAACGAAGAUUUCUGUGCCAAUAAGAUGAAAAUACAGGCAUAUCCUACAAUACGUCUCUUCUUCAAAGGAUCAGCCGUUCAAGAUUAUUCUGGCCCACCAGAGACAGACGCUUUAUACGCCUUCUUGAUGGAAAAGGCUAAUCAAUUCAUACCAAACCAAAAACGUCAACAACCUGUUAUUGCUGUUGAAGAAGACAAGGGUCAAAAUGCGGUCAAGGAUGUCAAAGUCGUCUCAGAGGUUGACAAUACGAAUCUCGGGGUCGAGUCUGCUAUUAUUCAAAUACAAAACGUGCUGGAUCUGCAUAGAUCAAGCAGCUCCCCUGAUGCGAAUCCUAAUGGAGAGAUUGCACACAUGACGUCUGCUACGUUCAAUGAGAUAGUGAAAUCUGGGCCGGCGUUUGUGAUGUUUCAUGCUCCAUGGUGUGGCCACUGUAAAAAGCUUGCACCUGUUUGGGAAGCCUUUGCUGAUUCCAUGAAGAACAAGUUGAAUGUUGCCAAAGUUGAUUGCACUGUCGAGUCAGUGCUCUGUAAAAAACAAGGUGUAAUGGGAUACCCUACUCUGAAAUAUUUCGGAGGCGGAGAGGUCUUGGAGUAUUCGGGUGGAAGAACUUUGAGUGCUCUUCAAGACUAUGUUGAAAACUCUAUGACGGCUACGUCCGUACAUCCAGUCAAGUAUAAUGAAGUCAAAGGCCUUCUGAAGAUGGAUGAAAUUGCUUUCUACUUUGUCUACGACUAUAGGAGUCCUCCCUACAACGGACAAGAACUGAUGCUUGGAGUUCAGAAACUAAGAGGCGACGUGAAAAUAUAUGUGUGCCCAGAUAUUCGAGCAUUAACCGUGUUGGGUGUGACACGACAUAAUCCUUCAGAUCCCUUACUGGUCGUUGCAAAAGACUAUGGAAGUGAAAUGGAAGCUUAUGAUUCAACAUGGUCAGUUGGAUCUGUGAUAGAAUGGAUCAAGGCAAAGAGAGUGCCGCUCGUCAUAGAAUUAGAUCACACCACUUCGAAUGAUAUUUUAGCUAGUGGAAAAAUGGUAGUAAUGGGAUGCAUGAUACAAUCAGAUCCUGAAUCUGCCGAUCUGAUGAAGGCUAUGCGUGAUAUAGCCAAGUCUUGGAAUCGAUAUGUCGCUGAGGUGGGACUGACUGUAUCACGGCCUAUAGUAUUCGUGUGGCUUGAUGGUGCUCGUUGGGCUGCGUAUCUGAGUCGAACGUACGCGUUGGACUCGAGAAAUUUGCCGCGUCUUCUCAUAGUCGAUACGAAGUCGGAAAUGUAUUAUGAAACUCAAAGUAAAGGAAAGCUACUCGAGUUUGAAGGACAAAGCACGACCACUGCCUUGUCGGAGAUACUUGCAGGAAAACUGUCUGGAAAGAGUUCAGGAGGAUACUUUGGAUGGUUUAUGAAGACUAUCAUCUACAUUUUCUCACCUCUAGGUAUGAUGAUCCUAAACCAUCCCAUCCUCAUGACUAUUUUUGGAGUUGCACUCAUUCUAUCUAUUAUCUACCUCGUAUUUACGGGAGAUCACGAUGUAAUUAGAGACCCUAAAGCUGAAUAA